AUGGUGGGCGCCGAGCUCGCCUCAAUGUGGUGGUGCACAGUUACUCCACCUACUCCCCCCUCCGUGAUCCUCCAGCGAGUGAGGCAUUACCAGACUCUGCGCUGCAGCCUCGCGGGUGCGGAUGACUGGCCCCGGGGCGCCCCCAGUCCGCCCGACGUCCCCUCCACGGCAGCCUUGUUGGGGCACCCACCAUUGCGGGCCUUCAGUCUUCAUAUACUGCCCAGUAGUCCCCGCACGGGCAGACCCUGGCGCUGGAGGUGGGGUGGGACGACCCCCACCACCGUGACCCCUCCCACUCCCUUUCUGGGACCCACAUGGGACUACGCAUCAAACUACUGUUGUGAAUUUGUGGAGUGA